GCAGGACGUAGCGGAAUGGCGCUGGACACGAGACUAUACCGCUGGACGAACCCCGCGUCCUUCAGCGACCUGUGCUCCGACGACUUCAACGAGAUCGUAGGCAGCGAUCUGCGGCAAGGCGAGUACCUGGACGCCUACAGCGACGGCUGCGAGACGCCCACCUCCAGCCCGGCCAGCGUCGAGGUGCCCUCCAGUCCCGCCCACGCCCACUACGCCCACAACGCCACGCCCACGCCCGUGUACACCGACCUCUCCGCGCCCGCGCCGCUGCCCGCCUACAACCCCGGCUAUUACGAGGGCGCGAGGAGCUACUUCGCGGCGGAGGGCGCGCGCGACGCCUUCCCGCAGGCCAAGGGCGACUUCGCGGGCCCGUCGGCGGCCCCUCGACGCCCGACGCCUUCACGCCCGUCAGCUACGAGAACUUCUGGCCCAGCGGCACGGGCGGCCCCCACCCCGCCGGCGCGCCCCCCAGCCGGCCAGCCCCCGCUCCCGCCGUCGGCCGGCCCGCACAAGCUGGAGACGGCGACGGAGACGCUGGUGCACAGCCAGGGCCUGUUCGAGCGCAAGCCCCUCCGCAUGCGCAGGCGGCAGCAGAAGCACGUGAACGGCGAGGUGAAGCGCAAGCGGCGGAUCCAGGCCAACGCGCGGGAGCGGCGCCGCAUGAACGGCCUCAACAACGCCUUCGAGCGCCUGCGGGAGGUGGUGCCCGCCCUCGGCAACGACAGGAAGCUCUCCAAGUUCGAGACGCUGCAGAUGGCGCAGACGUACAUCGUGGCCCUGUCGGAGCUCCUCAAGAGGGACACCUAGGCCGCCGCGUCACCUACAGAUUCUAUUUAAUAUAUAUUUAUGUGUAUAUAUUUAUAUCGCGAAAACCUGUGAAAGUUGCAAGUUUGUGAUUACUUAGUCUGUCGCAAUGCAAUGUUUUAAUGCAAUUAUUCUAGUAUGUGUUUUUUUUUUCUCUCUCUCUCGUACAUUACUGUAUGUCUUUGUAAAAACCAAAAAUCCUUGGGAAAUGGCAUUUAUACUCUCUCUCUCUCAUAUUUUCUUUCUCAUUAUUUCUCUCUCUCUCUCUCUCUCUCUCUCUC